AUGCAUUCUCUCAUCACAUCCUUCAUCUCCCUAUCCUUACUAUCAAGCACAGUCCACGCCCAAAGCACCGCUCGUGUCUGGACACAUUUCUAUCCAAACUGCCCUGGGCAGCCAUCUAGCAACCUCGACACAUACGAAAACUACCAUGUAUCCGCCCCACCCCAAAAUAUCACCGUGGACAUCUGCCAAAAUAUCGCUGUCCCCUCCUACGAGCGCAACCUUGUCAGCGCCAUCUCUAUCGAUGCAGAACUCCUCUCCAACCACGGCAGCGGCUGCAACAUCACUGUGCACGAAGUGCCAUCGUGCAUCGACCCACCCCUGAUUAACCAGGAGAUUCGGGAUGGCGUAGAAAUCAGCCAGUGCGCGCCGCGCCAGAUAAUGUACACCCAAAUCUGGGUGAAACUUAUUUGCGACGGCGAGAUUCCCCUCACCACCGAGAACACUCCCACACAGGGGAGAAAUGAGAAGCAGGCAGACACCAAGCAGUCCAUGCCUACUGCCCAGCCCGUUGCCCCUAUGCGCGCUGAGAAACACACUUCCGUCGAGGAUAUCAAUAAUAUCCAGACGCCUGGGUCGGACUCGGACUCUUGGCGCUCGUCCCAGGGUACAUAUAACCAGCGUGAGCCGGUGCAGGAGAGUCGUGUCAAUAGUGCUGGUCAUGCAGAGAGCGAUCGGAUCGUUCAUCAUGUGAUGGAGGUGUUGAAGAAUAGGACUUCGCAUAUCGUUUCUGCCAAGCAUCAUCAUGUUCACUCUAAUUUUACGCUGCAUCACAAUGGCACUGCACCGGGAAAUCACACCGUGAUGGCGCGUCGGCAUCGGCGUUUGUCUGUUUUGCGAAACCGGGCUGCUCGGUUUGUUUAG